AUGGCUUUACAACUUGAAAAUCCUCAGCCAGCCGCCCAAAUUGUUGAGGUCGUUGCAGUCGAGCGUACAGCUGCCCGAAAAAAAGGACGAGCCGUUGUUCCCCAUGAUCCCGCCGUCGCUUUUUCCCCGCUUUGCGACGACUCAGUACAGGGUUAUCCAACUGAUAAAUGUCCGAAAGGAAAUGGGGUAGCAGAGAUCAAGGAGGUGGUAGAUAUUCUUCACGCUGAAAAAAUCCCUAGCUGUCUAGUGGCCGAAUCCGCCCUAAUAUACUAUGGUGCCGGCCGCAUCAUGCAUGAUUGGCAUAUUUGUCUCCCCACAGAACAAUUGGAACAAGCAACAGAUCUAUUUCGGGAGAGGCCUGAGUGCUACAUUCCAUUUCGACGGUCAGCCCUCAGCUAUUCCGAGCGAAUUGAUUUUGCCUAUCCCCGAUUCAAGCUUGCUGAUGUCACACCGGCAAACAUUGAGUUUAGCGCCAUGGGUCUUCCGUACCCCACAUUACCAGUAUUUGCCCAAAGUCUUCUGGACGGAAAUCCUGAUGUGGAUCUCGAAGAUCUUAUUGACGGCAUGGACCUGACACUUGAUUGGGGUGAACAGCAUCUUGACCUGGGAGGCACAGUGGAUGCUGACUGGAUAUGGUGGAGAUUCAGCAUUGCGUAUGACUUCAACUACGAAGAUGAGAGACCUCCCUGGUAUUCAAGUCCCGACAAGCGGCGGGAUGUCUGGGCUAAACAAACCUCGCCUGAAGCCAAAAAGACACGGCAGUCUUGGAAAUAUCGGCCCAAUUAUGCAACAAGAUUUCGAAAAAUUGGCAGCAAAGACCCACGUUCUCUAUAUAGGAAUUAUUGUUAA